UGCGACAGUCUGCCUUCCGGCCGCUUCUCCUUCGCUCCGCCCAAGCGGGACCUACGUUCUGUCAGGCGGCAGACGAGCAGUUUCCUUUUCUCUCUGAGCAAGAUGGCUGGGGGUGAGGCUGGAGUGACUCUCGGACAGCCACAUCUUUCCCGACAGGAUCUCGCCACAUUGGAUGUUACCAAGUUGACACCACUUUCCCAUGAGGUUAUCAGCAGACAAGCUACAAUUAAUAUUGGUACAAUUGGUCAUGUAGCUCACGGGAAGUCCACCGUGGUAAAGGCUAUUUCUGGAGUUCACACUGUCAGAUUCAAAAAUGAGCUAGAAAGAAACAUUACCAUCAAGCUUGGAUAUGCUAAUGCUAAGAUUUAUAAACUUGAUGACCCAAGUUGUCCUAGACCAGAAUGUUAUAGAUCAUGUGGAAGCAGUACACCAGAUGAGUUUCCUACAGACAUUCCAGGGACCAAAGGGAACUUUAAAUUAGUCAGGCAUGUGUCCUUCGUUGACUGUCCUGGCCAUGAUAUUUUGAUGGCUACGAUGCUGAACGGUGCAGCAGUAAUGGAUGCAGCUCUUCUAUUGAUAGCUGGUAAUGAAUCGUGUCCUCAGCCCCAGACUUCAGAACACCUUGCUGCCAUAGAAAUCAUGAAACUCAAGCAUAUUUUGAUCUUACAGAAUAAAAUUGAUCUGGUAAAAGAAAGUCAGGCUAAGGAACAAUAUGAGCAAAUUCUCGCAUUUGUGCAAGGAACCGUAGCAGAAGGGGCACCAAUUAUUCCAAUUUCUGCUCAGCUGAAAUACAAUAUUGAAGUUGUCUGUGAAUACAUAGUAAAGAAAAUACCAGUGCCCCCAAGAGACUUUACUUCAGAGCCACGUCUUAUUGUUAUCAGGUCAUUUGAUGUCAACAAACCUGGCUGUGAAGUCGAUGACCUUAAGGGAGGUGUAGCUGGCGGUAGUAUUCUAAAAGGAGUGUUAAAGGUAGGCCAGGAGAUAGAAGUCAGACCCGGUAUUGUCUCCAAAGACAGUGAAGGAAAACUCAUGUGUAAACCCAUCUUUUCCAAAAUUGUGUCACUUUUUGCCGAACAUAAUGAUCUUCAGUAUGCCGCCCCGGGUGGUCUCAUUGGAGUUGGAACAAAGAUCGACCCCACUUUGUGCAGAGCUGACAGAAUGGUGGGACAAGUGCUUGGUGCAGUUGGAGCUUUACCUGAAAUAUUCACAGAACUGGAAAUUUCCUAUUUCCUGCUCAGACGUCUUCUGGGCGUACGCACUGAAGGAGACAAGAAAGCAGCAAAGGUCCAAAAGCUGUCUAAGAAUGAAGUGCUUAUGGUCAACAUAGGAUCCUUGUCAACAGGAGGAAGAGUUAGUGCUGUCAAGGCUGAUUUGGGCAAGAUUGUUUUGACCAAUCCUGUGUGCACAGAAGUAGGAGAAAAAAUUGCCCUUAGCAGAAGAGUUGAGAAACACUGGCGUUUAAUUGGUUGGGGUCAGAUAAGAAGAGGAGUGACCAUUAAGCCGACUGUAGAUGAUGACUGAAGAUUCCACGUUAAACAAUGCCUUGGGAUGGAGUUGGAAUUUCUUUUAAUAGCCUAGGGGUAUAUUUUCAAAGCAAUACUAGAAAGAAUUAAUUUCAUAGCUCAUUACCUUACUAGUAGCUAUAAAUUUAUUCUUUUAUUUUGGUGUUGAAAAUUUAAACUCUACUUUUUUUUUCUUUUUAUUGAUUCCUUGUUUUAUAUCAUGUAGCCCAAUCCCACUCAUCCCCUCAUAUCUGACCUUGCAACCUCCCCCAAAAUAAGUAACACAAACAACCACAACAAAGCAUAGAAAGCAUCUCAUGGUGGAAGCUGUAGCUUCUGUGACAACACCAGUGUUGGCUCCUCAUCAGGACUCCUUCAAGUUAACCUGUUGCUGUGCUGUGUCAUGGGGAUCCUACAGCUUUGGAGCAGCAGGACUGGCCCUUUCACAGUCCCAUCUAUUCGAAGAUGAUUUAGGUUUUAGGGUGGGUCAAUUCAAAGCCCUGAAACUGGACUGGGCUGGAAACUAAGGUCAACUGGACUGGGCCAACUCUCCCAAUGUGCCUUCACCAUCAGGGCCAGCUUCACUGUGUUGCCCAGGUGUGGUGACAGGACUGCUCAUACUCUUAAGGCCAGGUCUUCCUAUAGAAGGUAGCAAUGGGGGAGGGCAUCCCAUUCACACCACCUUAUAACAAAGGAGUGGCAGGGCCAGCUGUCCAGAGUGCUGUAUGCAACGAGUGGUGGGGCCAGAUCUGCACAGUCCUGGACAUUCCAGUGUUCUCUAGUGGUAACAAUGAUCCAUGGACACUGACCCACCACUGUGGAGCCACAGACUCAAACAGGGCCCCAAUGGCAGGGAUGCCCACUCAUAAGAGGCUAUUUCUUUCCACUCAUGACCCUUCAAUUCCUUUUAACUAUUGCCAUGCACUAGAGGGCAGGUCUGUGGGUGACAUGGAGGUUUGCAAGACCUUGUGUUCCUCUUCUCAUGCUGUGCUGCUGUGAUUUGAUUUUUAUGAUCCCUAGGCAUAAGACUUAAGUUUUGGCCAUGAAGUUAGGAUGAGCAAAGGGCUGCCAUCUGCCCCAAUUUAGAACAAUACCACCAACAAGGUGUCUCUGUGCCCCUUGCUGGGAUUUGUAAUCUUUCUAAUAUGGGGCCUAAAAUUAAAUGUGAAAAUUGGUAUACUAUAUACUACAUUGGAUCAAAUCUACAUUUUAGCAAAAGUUAAGCAUUCCAAAAUAAUGUCUAAUUUAUCAAUGAAUGAAAGUUUGAAGUGAAGAUGAUCUAUUCUUAUGAUUUACCUGUGACCAGCUCCAUACUGAAGGGCAAUUAGUAAAAACUAAACAUCUACCCCUUUAUUUGUCCUUCUAUUUGGGGUUCUGUUUGAAAUUUGAAGGAAGAUGAACAAGGGGCUCAAAUGAACACUGCUCUUAGAAAUCGAGUGCCUAGUCCCUUAGCUCGGGUGGAUCUUUCUUAUUCAGUUCCUGAAUGGGACCUUAGGAAUCCAGUGCCCUGAGACUGUCCUUAUCAUGUAUACCUAAAAUAUCAGUCUUCUCUCACUGGCAAAUAGUAUAACAGCAGGUGAUUAGUGGUGAUUGACAAGGUUCUGUCCAGGUUGUUUUGUUGAGGUCUUUAUUUUAGUAAGCUAUGGAUGGAAUAGUCUCUUGCAUGACGAAUAAAUAGUCUACCAUGGACUCCACUGCCCCUAGCUGUAGAUCCUUUCCUUAGUUGGUAGGAUUAUGGUAGAAAUUGUGCUAUUAGUGAUCUUUGAGCCGUGGAAAAGAUAAAAAUUGUUCAAAAACAGU